AUGGCAGUUAUCACUGAAUUGCUCAACAGCCCCUAUGUGGCACAGAGCGUCUGCUUCGCUCUCCUGGCAGUCUUCAUAACAAGCAUUUGGGGGGAUAUCGCAAAUGAGAUUCCUCAUAGACGGAUUCCUUUAGUUGGAAAAACUUGGUGGGAGCUCACCAACAAAAAGGCUAGGUCACGAUUCACCAAGUCAUCUCGUAAACUCAUUGCCGAAGGCUUUGCCCAGGGCAGGAAUGUAUUCCAGAUCAUGGGGGCUACCAGGCCGAUGGUUGUAUUGCACCCGAAGUUUGUCGAUGAAAUCAAAAAUCAUCCAGACCUGAGCUUCGAGGAUGCCAUCAAAAAGACCUUUUUCGAUAACCGCAUCCCAGGGUUUGAACCAUUUCACAAUGGAACAUCUUUACAAGUUACCGUCGAGAUCGUGCGUACGAAGUUGACUCAGGCACUUGGGUCCAUAACAAUCCCACUCUCCAAGGAGACUGCUGCGAUAUUAAGAGCCUCGCUGCCCCCCACAGACGAAUGGGAACCCUAUCAAAUUGCCUCUAAAAUCCCGCACAUGGUGGCCCGGCUAUCCUCUUUGAUAUUUGUUGGAGAGACCAUCUCGCAUGACGAAGAGUGGAUCAAUGUUUCCGUUAACUACGCCAUCGACGCAUUUAAUGCCAUGCGAGAUCUACGAGAAUGGCCUUCCAUUCUUCGUCCGGUCAUCCACCGGUUCUUGCCCGCUACCCAAAAGCUGCGCAAACAUUUGCAAAUGGCUCGUGCCAUAAUUAGCCGCGAGAUAGACAGGCGCGCAUUGAUUCGGGCAGGCGAGAUCCCCGAAGAUGAUCCCCCUCGCAAUAUCGAUGCAUUGGAUUGGUAUCGUGAGACGGCCGAAGCCCGGAAUAAGUUGGACUUUGACCAGUCUUGUUCCCAGGUUGGGUUGGCGCUGGCGGCCAUUCACACAACAUCGAACUUGCUGAACAACGUCUUGUACGAUCUCGCGGCAUACCCAGAGUACAUCCAGCCGCUGCGCGAUGAGAUCUGGGCAGUUGCUGCCGAAGAUGGGAUUUUACAAAAGACCAGCCUGCUCAAGUUGAGACUGAUGGACAGUGUGAUGAAAGAAUCGCAGCGAACGCAUCCACUUUCAUUCACCUCCAUGAACCGCCUCACCCUUAAAGAAAUUGUUCUCUCCGACGGUACUGUGAUCCCCAAGGGUGCGAACAUCUUGGUUUCUACCAAUACGUUGGAGAACGACAGUAUCUAUCCCAGUGCAUCCACUUAUGAUGGAUACCGGUUCUACAACAAACGCCAGCAGCCCGGCAACGAACACAGGCAUCAGUUUGUCACAACGACUACCGAGCAUUUCGUCUUCGGCCACGGUGUUCACGCCUGCCCGGGCCGAUUUUUCGCUGCCAAUGAAAGCAAAAUCAUGCUUCUUCAUCUGCUGCUGAAAUAUGACUGGAAAUUGCAAAGCGGAGAACGACCCCAGAACAUCGAAAAUGGGGUCGAAUCUAUCCCUGACCCCAGAGUUCAGCUUCUGUUCCGGUCGCGUGAACCAGAGGUUGACCUGAGUUUCUUAGGCGAGUAA